AUGGACGAAAUUCAUUACCUACCUCUUAUUGAAACUUCAUAUCUUUCGAGAUUUAUAAUUCUGACACCAAAGAAUGAGUACUGUGAUGAAAUCAACAAGAGGGUUUUAGAUCUCUUUCCGGACUUAUCCAAAAUUUACACAAGUGUGAACAUACUAAUUAUAGAAGAUAAAAGUAAACUGCUGCAAUUUCCUGCUGAAUACCUGAACAGCCUUGAGAUGAAUGAUUUUCCAAGCAACGAGCUGAUCUUAAAAGAAGGUGCUAUUGUUAUGCUCUUGAGGAAUUUGAAUACAGAUGUAGGAUUACAAAACAGCACGAAACUAAUUGUAAGAAAAGUGUUCGAGAACAGUUUAAAUUUAGAGAUUAUAACUGGUAGACAUUUUGGACAAAGAGCACUGUACCCCGCAUUGAUUUACCUCCAUCGAAAACUACUGUUUCAUUUUCAUUUAAGCGAAAAAAAUUUCCUAUAA